AGUUCUAUCUGUCUGAAACUAAAAAUCAGUUAUUCAAGCAUGGAUAUGAAGAAGAAUGUCACUCAAACAAGUUUGAUUUUUGUUAUCAAUGGUGAAAAGUUUGAGUUAUCCAACAUUGAUCCAUCAACCACUUUGCUUGAAUUCUUGCCCACUCAAACUAGCUUCAAGAGUGUCAAACUCGGUUGUGGUGAAGGUAAAAGAGCUUUUAUUGCUGGUGUGGCUGAUGACAAUGGGUACGGAUGGGCAAUUGCAAAAUCUCUUGCUGCAGCAGGAGCUUCUUGGCACAUGGAUUCCUGGAAGUUACUAUUUUAUUUCAGAUAUAAAAUAGGUACUUACCAGUCAAUACCAAUUCAUUUGGUUAUCUGUUUGCGUGCGGCCUUUCUGAAUCCUUCAUGUUAUGUAUGUCGGUAUGUAUUCCAGUCCUUUUGUAGUGAUAGAUACAUUUCUUAAUCGUGAACCAUUGCUAUAGGCUCUGAAUAUUUUUUAGUCCAGCUUACGUCACGGGAAAUUUGACGAAUCACGCGUGUAUGACAUUAAAUACUGCCAUUGAUUUUAUGUGUUAAACCAAGUGAUAUAUAACCUUGCCAAUAAGAAAUGUUGUUUUCUAGAUUACCUGAUGGUUCGUUGAUGGAAGUUGCCAAAGUUUAUCCCUUGGAUGUUGUUUUUGACAACUUUGAGGAUGUACCAGAAGAUAUAAACAAGAGAUACCGAGUUUCAUCUUUUUAAUAAAGAUAUAUGAAGUACAUGUGUUUCAUGAUUUCUAUCCAUGUACUGAUUUUUUUUUUUUUUUGUAUAGAUAAAAUCAAACAAGCGCAAUGCUGGAUCCAGCAAGUGGACAGUUCAGGUAUAUAGGCUUUAUUUAUAUAAGAUCCAUAUGCUCUUUUGCUUGGUAUUCUAAAUCACUCCACAUAUUUUUUAAUUGUUCUUUCUUCUUUUUCUUUCUUGUAAAUGUUAAUGUCACUUUGCAUUUGUAUUUUAAGACCAAAAUAUAUGUCAAUAUAAGAGGCGAAGGGCUUUAAACUCGCCCUGCCUUAGGACAAAAUUACUUCAAAACUUCAUCUGGGAGAUCUGCAAUGGCUGUCCCAUAUUCGAUUUCUUGAGUAAAGUUCUAAGCCUUUCGUGAAGGUUUCUUAUUGUAUUGUAAUUGUUAUAUGAUCUUGAUAGUUGAUGUGAUUUUGGUUUAUCGUUGCAAUGGAUGCGAUGAACUUGCCAUUUUUAGAUGCCUAUUUGGAUUCAGUUGGUUUACCAAAUUUCCAUCAAGGAUGCAACUUUGCUGCUGAUACAACUUUGCAGCAGCAGGUUCAUUCGGCUUUGGCGUUCAAGUAUCUCAGUUCCAUCUAUUCAAAGCCCGAGUUCUUGAAUUUCUUGCAGGCCGAAGAUUACUUCCAGAAGGGGUUAUACAUGUUUGACAUAGGCCAGAAUGAUAUUGGCGGUGCGUUUAAUUCAAAAGACUUGGACCAAAUACUUUAUUUAAUUCCAACAAUUCUACUUGAAUUCGAAAAUGGAAUAAAGAGACUGUAUGACAGCGGGGCUGGGAAUUUUUGGAUACAUAACACGGGGCCGCUAGGAUGCUUGGCUCAGUAUGUUGCCACAUUUGGCAAUGAUCUGUCAAAGCUCGAUGAAUAAAGAUGUCUUCGUGCACAUAAUCCAGCUGCGAAAGCCUUUAAUCUACAACUGAAAGAUUUUUGUACUAAAAUGCAGUCCAGUAUCUAGAUGUAAAUGUUACCUAUGUUGAAAAAUAUUAUGACUUAUUACAUGAAAUAUGAUUUUUGUGUGUA